AUGAAUGAAUUAGAUAACAUCAUAGAAGAUGAUGUAAAUAAUUAUUAUGAAAAUAGAUAUAAUAAUCAAGAAGAAAUGGGUGAAUCCUCAAAACCAAUAAGAUAUGAGGAUGAAGACACUAGAAUAUUAGAAAUACCAUGGAAUAGACAAGCAGCACAAUACUCUGUAGCCAGAAAUAGUAAUUUAACAGAUGAACAGUGGCAAAAAGCUUAUGCCUACACUCCACCAGAAGAAAUGCCAAUGGAAAUACAACAUAUAAUCUUACCAACUAUAAUAGAAGGAAAACAGGUAGAUUAUAAGGUAUUCUGUAAUGAGAAUACAGAGAUACCUCCUAUGAAUAUAGGACAUAUCAGAAUAGAAAACCCUGUAGAAAAUGGGUAUAUAGGUACCCCUGUAGAACUUGCUAAAAAAGGAAUAAUCGUCCAACCUGGAAUAGCAAAUGAUAAUCACAUAACAAUAAUGAAUAUAUCGAGUAGAAAUGUGAAAUUUAACAAAGGACAACAUAUUGGAAAUGUUGAGAAAAUACAGAAAAAUGAUGAAAUUUUUCUCACAAAAUUACCUGAUCUGAAAGAUCAGAGUGAAAAAGAAAAAGAACGAAUCUUGAUUCUAAAGAAUCAAUGUAAAAAGACUAGAGGCCCUGGAACAUGGAAACAAAUUGGUCAUAUUCUUACAGAAUAUGUUGAUGUUUUUAGAGAAAAACAAGAAUAUGCAACUAGAGUUAAUACUGAUGAAAUACCUCUGAUAGAAUUAAACCUAAAAAAUGGAAUGAAAGAAAAUGAAAUACCAAUACGAGAAAAGAGGCAAGCAUUAAGGAAAUAUAGUGAAAAAGAUAAAAAGGUUAUCAAAGAAAUGCGAGAUGAUCUGAUGAAAAACAAUAUUAUAUUCAGUGGAAAUACUGAAUGGAGAAGCUCUGCACUAGUAAUAACUAAAAAAGAUGGAACAAAAAAGAUUGCAAUAGAUUAUAGAAAUCUGAAUAAGUACUUAGAAAAAUAUAGAGAACCAUUACCUGAUUCAAAGCAAAUGUUACAAACUGUUAGUAGAUAUAAAUACUAUAUAACAAUGGAUAUAAAAUCAGCAUAUUGGCAAUUAGUGAUGCAUGAAAACUCGAAGAAAUAUACAGCAACAACCUUCGCAGAGUAUGGAACAUACUGUUGGUAUACAUUACCAUUUGGAAUUAGCAUAGCACCAGCAUACUUGAUACGAGCAAUGAACAAAAUAUUAGGACACUUAGACUAUGUA